CUGAAGAUAUUGCUCGAAUGAUUGGUUUUAAAAGCAUACCAACAAUUGAAAAAGUUUGUGAAGCAUUUCCAGAAUUGGAUAUGGUUGAUCAUAUGAAUCGAGUUAGAUUGAGUGAAAUGAUUCGUACUCAAGGUGUUGUUCAUAAUGAGAAUUUUCAGCCUAUUGAAGCUAUUGUUUUACUUGGUGAACCUAUUCAAUGGGAAAGAUCAUUACAAGUUAUUAUUGAUCUUCUUUUAACAGAUGGUAAUCCUGCUAUGGUAUCAUCGGAUUCCAACACUGAACAUGAUCAUAUACCUAUUAUUGCUUGUAACAGAGAUCUUGUAUUUAAAGCUGCUGCAGAUUUACCACGUUUUGGUCAUGGUGCUUUUCUUACAUGUUUAGAAACACUAUAUAAAAGUAUAAGUGGAAAUGAUCUCAAAUAUGCAGCAUUUGUUGGUAAACCAUUUGAAAUUUCAUAUCAAUAUGCUGAAAUAAUAGCUAAUAAAAUAGCAUUAGCUAAUGGUCAACCAAAAAUUGAGAGAGUUUAUUUUAUUGGAGAUAAUCCGGAUGUUGAUAUCGUUGGUGCAAAUAUGUAUAAUCAUUUAUUACAACAAGCAAACAAUUUAAGAACAAGUAUUAGUGGUUAUAGUUUAUUAACAGAUUCAAAAUAUUUAAGUGCAACAUUAUGUGAAUCAAUUUUAGUAUGUACAUGUGUUUAUGAUUCACAGAAACAUAAACUUGAUCGUAAAAAUCCAUGGAAAUCACCAACAACAAUUAAACUGAAUGUUCUUGAAGCUGUUAAAUACGUCAUUUUGAAAGAAGCAUGGCCAUGGAUUGUUAGUUGUUAG